AACAGGCCAGACAGACACGACUGAAGAGAAUCAAAACUUUUGUCUGCCAUUUUAGAACAAAUCAGCAGUACAUGGUUUGCUCAUCGUGAGCUUUAAGCCUUUGAAUAGUGUUACGCGAAUUAGGCUUAACUUUUUCCAGUUGCCUUUAGGGUUAUUCCUAGGGCGAAGUGGCAGUUCCAGGGUUUACGACAUAAAAAGGCUCGUGAGAAUAAUUGUCUGGUGAAGAUGAAGCUACUGACGACCGCGGUUUUGCUCUGCUCGGCGAUCCUCCUCGUAUCUGGUGAUGGCGAUGAGGUUAAACUACCACCAGAACCGCCGAUUACCCCGUCUGCCCCAACCACCACGUCCCCAAAGCCCCCCACAACCACGAUAUCUCCCAACACAACCACUAAAAUUCCCACGACAACUACAGUAAAAACUACAACUACCACCAAAACUACGACAAUACCACCACCAGAUACAACCACAGUGGCUCCGAAUACAACAACCGUUGCACCCACAACAACAUCGGCUCCACCGACCCCAGCACCCGAUGCAAAACCAGGAAAAUGGGUGGUCAAUGGAACAAACACAACGUGCAUUGUUCUUCGUAUGGCUGUCCAGUUUAAUGUUACGUAUAUCAAUACUGAUAACAAGACUGUCCAUGAAUUGGUAACUCUACCAAGCGACAAUUCCACCAAUGCAACCGGAGUUUGUGGAGAUAAAGAGCAAGUCAUAAACAUCAAGUGGAGACCCACAGGAAAUGAUUCCGAUAACUCCAUAGUCUUACACUUCGUGAAAAAUGACACCAAAUCUUACUCCCUCCAUCACAUUGAGGUGUACAUCACCCCGAAGCAGUUGCCGAACAUCAACACCAAUGGUACAGUAAUGAUGAUUCACAAUGCGAGUGAAUACAAGACGUCGUUGAGCAAUUCAUACAGAUGUAUGAGGGCUCAGGAAUUGAAACUGGCAACCAAUACAACUAAUGCAACUGCAAUUGCCAAGGUUUCUGAGCUACAGUUCCAGGCGUUCAGAGUUGAUAAGACCCCAACAUUUGGAUAUGCGGAGGAUUGUACAUUUGAAACUCAAGAUGUGGUGCCAAUAGCAGUUGGCUGUGCCCUAAUAGCCCUUGUGGUUAUCGUAUUAGUAGCCUACCUGGUGGGACGCAGGCGAAGUCAGGCGCGUGGCUACGUUAGUAUGUAAAGGAAAGUCUCAGCGGACCACCAACCGAAAGUUUGUCGACAUCCAACCAAUGAAAAACUAUUGCAGUUUAAUCAGCAAACAGUUAUGCAGCUGGGUGGAUAAUUCCCCUUAUUUCCUAAGUACCAUUAUUCGUUAAUUCUUCCCUCAAUUGGCCUUACCCAUUAUUUCUGUUCACUGGAAGCGCGAUUGUGGUCUAAUAUCACCGCUGAAGAUCAUGAAUCAAAUGCGAUGAUUGAGAGAUUAACAGAAAGGGCAUAUACAUGGCGUAGAACAUUUAUAUGAACAGAUUUUUUAAAUAUGUAGUUAUACAGUCUCUACGUGAUACAUGGAGAACACUAUUCGUUCAAUGUAUUCGAAAAUUAUGUGAAAUUACCUGAUGAUCUGGAGAAAUCAUGAAUCUACUAUUCAUUAAUAUUUUUAAUUGUUUUUUUUUUGUAGAUUGGAAUCAUGAGAAUCAUGUAUAUUAUAUUUACAUCGCAAUGAAAUUAUAUGUUUUGUGGAUA